UGAAUAUCAUAAUGCGAACAAAGUGUACAAAUACUUUAUGUUUGCUAAUAGCGCAUAUCUGAAAAUCGUAAAUUAUCGGUAAUGUUGUGCGUGACACUAAAAUGGUCAUGGGAUCCUAAAACCAUAAACCGAGGAAUGGAUGCAUCGUUCCUAUAUAAAUAGUAUAUAUUCACAUAAAUGUACAUAGACAUCACGAUUAUCCUAUUUUGUUAUAAAACAAUAUUAUUUUCAUUAAAGGAUUAUGUAGUGGGUUGCUUUCGUGUUGUUGCUAUACUCACGGUAUUCACCGCGAAAACUGCUACGUAGACGAAAACAGAUCGUGAGAGAUUGUCAGGAAGCGUGCUUGAAAAGAAAAAAAAUUACGAUAACUGAAAAUGAAAUAUUUGCGGUAAAUAUCACAUAACUGAUCGUUCGAUCAGCACGGAAAUAUGAAAGUAUUAAUUCUGUAUUUAGUAAGAAAAUAUAUCUGAAAAAAUGGAAGAAAGUUCGGUAUUAUGGAUGCUUUCCUUAGUGAUGCUAAUUGGUUCCUGUAUUUCUGGAUCGUUGCCUUUAGUAAUGAAUCUGUCCGAGAUGCUACAAAGAACUCUCCAUGAUCAUGAACGUCAUGAACCUUUAAUCUUUCUAGGAAAAGUUACAACUGAUUUCGAUACUCGGUGCUGGACUUCUUGUUGGCACUGCCUUAGCUGUGAUAAUACCUGAAGGUAUAAGAGCGUUGUUUACUGGUGGGAGCAACACUGAUCAAGAAUUUCAAAAUGAUCCUCACUCCUUAAUAGGCAUUAGUUUAAUACUUGGUUUUGUAUUUAUGCUUCUGGUUGAUCAGUGCUCAGCUAGAAGGAGUGGAGGAAGAGAAAGAAGUGUAACUGCUACAUUGGGUCUUGUAGUUCAUGCAGCAGCUGAUGGAGUAGCAUUAGGAGCUGCUGCAACUACAUCACAAGCUGAUGUAGAAUUAAUAGUCUUUUUAGCAAUAAUGUUGCAUAAGGCUCCAGCUGCAUUUGGUCUUGUUUCAUUUUUACUUCAUGAAGGAGUAGACAGAAAAAGAAUAAGUAGACAUCUAUUAGUAUUUUCUCUGGCUGCACCUUGCCUUGCACUUUUAACAUAUUUUGGUAUUGGAAAGGAAGGAAAAGAAACUCUUAGUAACGUUAACGCAACUGGUUUAGCAAUGUUAUUUAGUGCAGGUACAUUCCUAUAUGUUGCAACUGUGCAUGUUCUGCCAGAAUUAAUGACAAGAAAUAGCAAUUACUCUCAUCUGCCAACUGCUGAUAACGUGACGGUGUCUUCUCCUGGGCUAAAAGUUAAAGAAAUAUUAGUUUUAGUAGUGGGUUCAUUGUUGCCUUCAUUAAUUACAACUGGUCAUCAUCAUUGACAAGCUACGGUGCAAGAAAAUGCAUUAUGUUCUCAUUGUGUAUAAUACAAAGUACGUUCCCUAUUAAAGGGUAUAAUUUUUUAAUAAACUUCAUGAUUUUUAUUUCAAUCAUGAGGACGUAUAUAGGAGGUCGUCUGUUUGGACAUCUUUUCUAGAAAUAAUUAAGUGAUAUAUUUCUAUGUAUUGUACAUAACUGUAGAAAAGCAUAUCAUAUAAUUAUACACUUGUAUAAAUUUGGAAAAUAGAUGUAUAGGAUACAAAUACCAUGUACAAUAACAAAUAUUUGGACGAAUUUCUAAUUUACAGCAAGUUUACAUAAAUAUUAUUUAUUGGUAAAUGAAAUUAUUUGAUAUGAAAAUAACUCAAACGUUUUUACUUUUAUAUUACUUUGUGUUAUUAUCGUUAUAAUUUAGUCUUUUUUACAUAUCCAAAAGGCAUUCGAAAACAUUAAAACCUUUUAUAAGUUCUCCCAGAAAAAAAAGGAAUACGGAAAAAGUACCAAAAUUUUAUAGAUAAUGAUCUGUAUAAAUACACGAAAUUAAUUUUAUUAAUUACGUAACGUUCAUUAAAAAUAAGUAUUCCUUUAUAAAUAUAUAAUAAAAGCAAUAAAAAUUAUACUUUACGUAUAUCAUAUUUUUGUAUAUGAAUCUCCUUCAACUAAACAGAAUAGUUUAUGGCUAUUCGUAUAAAACUCGAUAAUUUUUUUAUUGAUAAAAGGCAGCGAAAAUUGAUGUCG